AGAGGCAGCAGCAGCCGCAGCAGCAGCAGAAAGCGCGUGACGCCCCCGCCUGUGGCUCGUGCUCGUGCCUCCCUCGGUCGGUCGGCGCUCGCUUCGGCCCCGGUCCGUCCCGGUCCGUCGCCAUGGAGGAGCAGCUGCUGUGCUGCGAGCAGGACUCGGUCCGGAGAGCCUACCAGGACGCCAACCUCCUGAACGAGCGCGUGCUGCGCACCAUGCUGCGCGCGGAGGAGAGCUACCUCCCAGCGCCCAACUACUUCAAGUGCGUGCAGAGAGAGAUCAGCGCCAGGAUGAGGAAGAUCGUGGCCACGUGGAUGCUGGAGGUCUGCGAGGAGCAGAAGUGUGAGGAGGAGGUCUUUCCUCUGGCCAUGAACUACCUGGACCGGUUCCUGUCGGUGGAGGCCACCCGGAAGUCCCGGCUGCAGCUGCUCGGAGCGGCCUGCAUGUUCCUGGCCUCCAAGAUGAAGGAGACGGUGCCGUUAACCGCAGAGAAGCUCUGCAUCUACACCGACAACUCGGUCCAGCCUGGAGAGCUGCUGCAAAUGGAACUGCUGGUUCUCAACAAGCUCAAGUGGGACCUGGCCUCGGUCACUCCCCACGACUUCAUCGAGCACUUCCUGUCCAAGCUGAAGAUCCACCCGUCCAGCAAGCUGAUCCUCAGAAAGCACGCCCAGACGUUCGUGGCCCUCUGCGCUACAGACGUCAACUUCAUCGCCAGUCCUCCGUCCAUGGUGGCGGCGGGCAGCGUGGUGGCAGCCGUCCAGGGUCUGUAUCUGAAGAGCCACGACGUGUCGCUGUCCUCCCAGAACCUCACCAACUUCCUGUCGCAGGUCAUCCGCAGCGAUCCGGACUGCUUGCGGUCCUGUCAGGAGCAGAUCGAGUCUCUGCUGGAGUCCAGCCUGCGGCAGGCGCAGCAGCACAGCGGCGCUCCGGAAGCCAAACAUGUGGACGAGGACGUGGACUUGUCCUGCACGCCCACAGACGUCCGGGACAUCAACAUCUGAAGGGAAAUCCUCUCUCGUGGCGCCUGGAGCCGCCGGCGGAGGAAAGGCUGUUGUUGUUGCAGAGCGGCGGACGGACGGCAGGCCUCAUGGGAACUCUGCCCCGCUGCUUUCUUCUCUUCCUUCCUGGUGGAGCCGUCAUGGCAGACAGAGCGCCCCCUGUCUGCCCAGUCCCACCGUGUGCCGGUGGGCCCCUGCCGUCCAGGGAAGAGACGCCGACGCCACAGAACCGUCCUGAGGAGGACAGCUGCUGUGAGCCCGAGCUGGAGCGUCUGAAGACAUUGUCCACAAACUCGUCUCAUUCCAUCACUUACUGAAACAGGAGUGUUUAACCUUCCACAGACUCGGCCCGCCCGAUACGACAUCCCAAAGUGUGUGUCCAGCCGGUCCUGGUGUGUGUGUGCAGUUCCCACCUGAGGGCCGACGGUUUGAGCCUCUGUCCUGACAAUGUCCCGUGUCUGUCCUCGAGAGUGGAGGGUCCCGUCGCCCUUCUUGCUUUUGUUUAGUCACUUUAUUCCGUGGUUUUGGACGUCUUCAUCAGUUUGUGUGAGACGCUCUGCGUGAGACGCUCUGGUCUGGAGCUCUGGUUCAGUCGUCUCGUCGGAUCGCGUUCUGACGAGACGAUCGUUAGCGGAGCUGUCUCCACUCCAGUAUGUCUCCCUCUGUCGUUACACCUAACCCUGUUCCCGUUUCUUUUUUUAAGCACUUUGGUCAGCGAUGCUGGCUCCGAAAAAAAACAAACAAAAAAAAAAAAAAAUCAAUUUUUGGAAGAACAUGAAAACGGAGCUGGAUGUUUGAAGUGAAAAGCAUCUGUCCAACCGUCUGUCCAUCCACCCGUCUAUCCAUCCACCCAUCCAUCCAGCCACUAGGGGUGUAACGAAAUGAUCAACUCACGAAACGAUAUGAAAUACGAAACAGGACUCAAGAUACGAAAUAAAGAUAAAAAAAAUCCCCAACAGUAGGAAGUCAAGCAAAAAUCUUAUUUUCUUUAUUUUAUUCUUUAUGCAGACAUACAAAAAAUAAUGCUGCAAAAUACAAAAUAAAUUCUCUUUGAAAAAAUACAAAAAUUGUGCAAAUACAAACAUAAAAUCUCAAUAAAAAAGAGCUUUAUUGCUAUAACAAACAGGAUAACUACAGCAUAACUACACUCUUGCUGCCUGUCUUCAGUUAAAACAAAAUGCUUUUUGAAAAAGGAUAAAUUGUCGUGUUUAUCAUGGUAGUUGUUCUCCCCGCAGUGUACGGCCAACUGUAGCGGCAUAUUUUGCACACGGUUCUUGUUCUAUCCGCAGUCUUCUCACCGUCCUCUCGUCGUUCACAUGGGAAGCCAGAAUAUUUCCACACAACCGAUUAAUCUGACGAAGGAGCGAUAGCCUAGCAGCUAAUUCAACUUCGUCUUCCUCCAUGUUGAAACAAGUGUUUUGCUACGGUAGGCGAGGAGGGUCAAUAAUCAUCAGUUCAGUGGUGCGCGGCGCCCUUUCACGUUUUUUAUUUCGUGCAAUAAUUUUGUGCGUCUUUGAAUUUUAUUUUGUCAUUUUUUAUUUCGUGAUUUUUUUAAUUCGCGACCAGCCACCCAUCCAUCCACCCACACAGUCAUCCACCCACCCGUCCCCCCUCCCUGAAGCCUGUUCCUGUUCUUGACUCCGCUCUGAUGUAUCCUGUGUGAUCUGGAAUGGAUCACUGUGGGAGAAAUGUUCUUCUUCCCUCCGAAGCUCAGAUCGGUGGUCUGUCUGUUCGCUGAACUGCUCGGACGUCUGACUGAGCGAAUCUGGAAAAAGAAACCCUGCAGAGUCAAAAGCAGUGGGAGUAACAAUAAGUGUUAUUUUUCUAUUUAAAAUAAUGCUUUAUUUUCAUAUAGUGAACUAUGCUAUUUAUUUUUGUAGGUUGUGAGUGACUGGCUCCUCUGGAUGUUUAACUCCAGCAAUGAGCCGACUGAGAGACUUUAACACUAAACUUCAGCCUGACUCCGUCACCAGGACAGCAUCUCCACCUCUCUUUACACAUGUUCAUGUUUCAAGGGGAUGAAGCUAAAAUGUUGAUGUGAUUUUGCACAAACCUGAAAGGUGUUGGCUGUUUCUUGAGGACUCGCUCAAAAUGGCGGAGAAUAAAGCUGAGGAGUGUGCCAAGAGGCGAAGCGCAGCAGAAAGAGUGAAGAGUGAAAAAUCAGGUGUGUGUGGCGUGACCGUGGAGUUCAGGCGGGCCGCCGUGAUCGUUAUUUACAUAUGAAGAUGGAGAGAUGGCCUGGAGCAGAGUGGCAUCCUUCCAAUCAACGAAUGGCAAUUUAGCAAAAUUUUGUGAGGGUGUCGAACUUUGCGACAGGUUGUGUUUCUGAUUGUACAUUAGGAGUAGAGUGUAGGAGGAAAAACACUCCUUGUGUUUCGCUGCUAUAGAAAAUAAUUCCCAUCUACAUGAAAAAAGAAAAAACAAGAGAAAAAAAGGAUUUACAAAGAUGCUUUUCUCCUGUCUGCUGCUACACUUUAUUUGUUUAAAUGUCAAUACAUAUGCCAUUCUAGGUUUGAAUUUUCUCUUAGAAAAUUGUGUUAUUGGCAUCCAUGUUUGUUUAGUUUCUAUGUGACCAGAUUUUUUUUUUUUUAUACUUAUCAAUGAUUUCCAACAAUAUUCCAAAAAAAGACAAAUACCGUGUACAGAAAUACCUUGAUCCUCAAUACCUCAUGUGACAGUCAAACUCUAUUUCUGAAUCUUUAGACCUAGUGCUUGGUUCGGUUCAGAGGUGUCAAGCUCUGUGGAACCUGCUGGAGGGGAGGCCUCCGUGACCCGGGUCUCGCUCAGAUACUGGUGCCAUAGCAGAAACGUGUCUACGUAACAGGGAAAUGUGUAACUCUGUUGAGUGUUAAGCUGUCUCGAUGAAAGAGACGUUAGCCACCCCUGGCCAAUGGCUGUCUUUUUUCAUUUCCCCUUUUUUAUAUUUAUAAAAGAGAAAAAGCUUUUUGUUUCAGUUUUUCAAAUUGUCAGUGAGUUGCAUUUGUACAUAGAUUCAGUGUCGUGAUGGUUAAGCCAUAGACUAUUUUUGCUGUUUUUACAGACCAUUCCACACAGUUCUGCCUACUUUGUGUCACUUGUCCGCGGCUGGGACAAGCUCUGUAAUCAUCUUUGUGUCAUCAAUGCAAUAAAAACAUGAACUAGA